GUCAGAAUCAGCGGGAGGGGCGACCGGGAUACCGCGAUGUUUGGGGCUGCUCCGAGACGCGCCUGGCGCGGAUCCUAAAUCCUGACAGAGCUUUAUGGAGCCCAAUUCUGGCAGGCUCCCAGGACUCGAAGCCACUGGACCCCACAUGGAACCAAGGGCCACAUGUUCAGCUGCUGCACCCUUGAGAAGACAGUUCCGUGUUCUCGUGGGAGUCACUGGGAGUGUUGCAGCCCUGAAGUUGCCUCUUCUGGUGUCAAAGCUUUUGGACAUUCCUGAUCUGGAAGUAGCCGUGGUCACAACUGAGAGAGCCAAACAUUUUUACAGCCCCCGGGAUGUUCCUGUCACCCUCUACAGCGACGCUGAUGAAUGGGAGAUGUGGAAGUGCCGAUCCGACCCAGUUCUCCACAUUGACCUGAGGAGGUGGGCAGACCUCAUGCUGGUGGCGCCCCUCGAUGCCAACACUCUGGGGAAGGUGGCCAGUGGCAUCUGUGACAACUUGCUUCUUUUUUACCUGCCAGGGACCAGGCCCUAUGUGGACAGACACACAGGACACAGGGAGCUGACAGUCUGGAAGGAGAGGGUUUUUGGCCUAUGCUCUGAGCUGCCAGCGCUCCCUGGAAUCUUUGGCGUUCCCCUCUACUGAGUUGGCUGAGCGGUAGAAUAUGUUCCCAAGACCAGGCCUGAGGCCCUUUGCCUCAAAGGUUUCACUUGAAGGUGCAAGUAUUUCAAAGAACCGCAAAUCCUACAAAGUAUAAGCUGUUGUCAUCAUGGUCUGUGGCUCUGUUCUCUCUCGAAAGAUGUUUUUUCCUUAUAUUCUCCCAAAGGAGCUUGCCCUGCUUCCUCUCUCCUCCAAACCUUCUCCCUGAAAUUGGGGUGCACACUGUCUAGAUCUUGGGGUGCACUGGAGCCGUGUGCUAAGUAUGAACCUAUGUUCCCAGUCUCUGGGCCCUGGGCCUGGGUGACGUGAAUCUCUGUCUAUCCUCUGGCUGACUCAGGCUCUGGCCCUUCUUUGUGCUAAAUAACCAAGCAGAUCCAGAAAGAGGAGAUAACUUCCCUGGGUCACCUGUCUAGCUGGCAGCUGGUCUCCUAUCCCAGAUCCAGGCCUUCUCUUAGCCCAAGCGGAUUCCCAGGGGCAGCCUGAGGUGCUACAUACAGCAUUGGCCAGACAGAAAUGACCGUGGGAACUGAUGCCUCCUUUCAGUCUUCCUGCUGCCAGAAGGUUCCUGCUGGAGCUGUGGUUUGUCCGGGAAGCGCUGAGCUUCGUGAUGAGAUGGGAAAAGCUGGAGACGUAUGGAGCACAGAGGGGUUGAGUUUCUGCUCUGGUGGGCGUGCUUUGCUUUGAGGGCAUUUAGAAACUCCAGCCCUGCCACCACCCACCUCACACGGAGUCAGGGGACUCUUCUAGGUAUGCUCAUGGCUUCUGCAGAAGCAGCAGGUGGCACGGGGCCAAGAGGAAGUGUGGACUGAAACUGUCCACUCACAGCCGGGUUGCCCCACCGCAAGGACUUGGUGGGGAGACAAGCGCUGUGUCUGAGAUGACGUGAGCAGCCAGGGUCUGAAGCUGUGUGCUGACCUGCUUCCUUCCUGUCGCAGGAGAGGCCAGGGGCCCUGAGGAGGGCAGGCAUUUUCCCUGGCCCAUCCGUGGCAUUGUUCUCUAGACUCCCCCUCUUUUCCCAGACAGGCUCCCCUUCAGGGAAGGAGUGUGCCCACCACUGGCUCCCUGAGGGGCCCACAGCCCAGGCAGAGGUGCCUAGAGCUGUCAGAGCCCAGGGGAGUGCACUGCUGUGGGCCCCUGAGCUUAUUUCCCUCCAAGGCAGCCCCUGGCCCAGGGAGCCUGUCUGUAAUAAUAACAGGACCUACUAUUUCUGGAGCCUGUAUCUGUGCCAGGCCUGUGCAAAGAGCUUUAUAAGCAUUCUCACCCUCCAUCUGCACGACCACCCAGGGAGAGGGCUUUUGCAGAGAGGAACCUCAGACUUCUGUCAUGAAAGGACUUGUUCAAGUUCUCAUGGCUAGUCACAGCAGAGAGCACAGCAAGAUUUGAACCCAAGUCCGUGUGAUUGCAAAGCUCACAGCACUGAAGACUCCGUCCGUGAGCUGGUCUGUCCUUUUCAUAGCUGCUCAGGUAGUGACUUGGAGGGGCCUGGCAGCGGGAGGUAGUGAAACCGCACGAGGCAGUGGAGGACUUGGGCGCUGUGCAGAGCUUCCCCCAGAUCACUGGGUGUCACCCUGGGUAGCAGCUCACCUCCUAGAAGUGCAGCUUCCCCUCAGUGACGUGGGACAGCAGCUUCUUUACAGGGUCACAGGGCGGGCUCAUGAGAUAGCACGUGGGAGAGGGUCUGGUCCCGUGGAACCUGUUCUCAUGGCCACGCUUUAGUUGGCCUCAAGAAGAGCUAGUGUGGGGUAGACGGGCCCACCUGCCUGGCAGCCUGGUCCUCAGCUUUGCAAGAGCCACUGCGAGGUAUAGCUGGCUGUAGGGAAGACAGAUGCUUGGGCACCAGGAGCCCUUUCUACACAGAAGUGGAGGUAUGCUUGGAGGUGGCUGGGCCAUGGCCAGCGUUAGUGGAGCAGCUCCUGUAUGUUUGGCCCUAUGUCAGAGCCUAGGGGGAGGUGGGAGGGACCCAGAGACACAUCCUCAAAGUAACGAGACAGCAGACAGUGGCCCCCAGUCACUCCAGGCCCACAGCUGGCUGUAGCCUGGAAGCAGUGGGUAACAGUUGGGAAGUCUGGGGAGGGGUGGCAGGCAGAGCAGCAGGCACGCCCACCCUUCU